AUGACUUGGCGCAGAAGGGGUGGCGUAUGCAAGGGCGCGGUCGGGGGUCGGGAGUCGGGAGUUGGGGGUCGGGAAUCGGGAAUCGGGAGUCGGGGGUCAGGGGUUGGUGGUCGGUGGUCGGGGGUCAGUGGUCGGAAGUUGGAGGUCGGGGGUCGGUGGUCGGGAGUCAGUGGUCGGGGGUCGGGAGUCGGGAGUUGGUGGUCGGGGGUCAGGGGUCGGGGGUCGGGGGUCGGUGGUAGGGAGUCAGUGGUCGGGAGUCAGUGGUCGGGGGUCAGGGGUCAGGAGUCAGGGGUCGGGGGUCGGGAAUUGGUGGUCGGUGGUCGGGGAUCAGGGGUCGGGAGUUGGAGGUCGGGGGUCGGGAGUAGCGAAACGGAGUCAGAACAUGAGGUUUCAGGUUCACGGACAAAAAAGCAAAACAUCUUCCAGGACCGAGACCGAAGAAGUUCUGGGACUAAAGAGACUAAAGCCAGACCCGUAUGCGCUUCGCCUGGCUUCGAAAUACCUUAG